AUGGAGGGGAAACCUAGAUUUCGACUUCAAAAUGCUGACUCGGGUCUUCUUUUCGGCGGCUACGAUUUCGGCUUCGGAGAUCCUCCGCACUGGGGUCUUGUUUGCCAAGGUUCAUCGACUCAUCCCUUUGACCAAACAUUCGCCGAUCUUCUUUGCCAAAAUCUAGGCUUUGACAAUGCAGAAUUUAUUGGAACACGAGAUAACUAUCCAGGAAAUGCAACAGAAACAACAAAUAGUUGUGAUUUGGAAUAUUCAAUGUCCGGCUCUGAUUGUGGCGAUGCUUCAAGUUUGGAUGAGUGCAAAAUCAAAAAUUAUCGAAUUCACGGAGGAAGUUGUAUUCACGGCAAAUCAGAAGUCUACAUGAGUUGCUCCUCUUCCCGAUCAUCAGCAAUUCCUGGUUCUUGGUCAGAGUGGUCUAAGCCUGGCUAUUGUGACAAUGACAGUGUUUUUACACAACGAACUCGGACUUGCAUGACGGACCAAGAAGGCGCUCUUAGUUCAUGCGAAGGUCAUUGGCUCGAGUUCCUACCCUGUCCUGGUUGCAAUAACCAUGAGGUUGACUAUGACUACAAUGAGGACUACUACAUUUAUUCGGACGAUGAAAAUUCAAGUUCAACAGCUGUCCCGGUCUACCGACCAAAACGUGAAGUGGAUGACCCUUGCCAAUGCUCUUUCCCGACAAAUUCUUAUUUAGAAAUCUUUGAAAAUAAUUCUGGAUCAUCAACAUAUCUGCUUUCCAGCUUUUUAAGCAUCGCGCUUAUCAGUGGAGUGGUUCUAUUCGUCGCCAAGAAGAAAAAAUCAGGAAAAGAAGCAAUAAAAGAUGAAGAAAAUCUUGAAGAAGAAAAAUAUUUGGUCGAAGAAAAAGUAGUGGAUGAGACGGGGAAUGAGCUGUUGUCGGCAUAA